CAGCAGCAGCAGCGACCCACCGUCCCGACACCGACACACCGUGAGGACGGAGACCGACAGACGAAUCAGCAGCAGCGAGGAUGUAAAUGAGACGGGCUCGGGCUGUGCUCGGACGGAGGGCUGUUGAUAUUGUCAGAGAAUGCCACAGCAAGCGAACACGCCGUCUGCGUUAGCUUAUGAUUAUUCACAGUUAAAUAACAUAGCGAACAACACGGAGUCGUGAUUAUUGUUUUCUUAAAAUUUAAUUUCCAAGAGGACCGUCCGGCGGAUUACGUUAAACAUCCUCCAGCCAGCAUGCCUCCUUCUCAGAGCCUUCAAUCCAGCGGACUGACCCUCUCUGAAACAAGCAUAGGUUCCUUUAAGAGGAGGAAGAGGAAAUCCAUAAUCGUGACGGUGCUGCUGCUCAUCGUAUCCGUGCUCAUCCUCAUCUUUGGCCUGGCAGCGACUACCAGGACGCAGAACAUCACAGUGGGCGGCUACUACCCAGGAGUCAUUCUGGGCUUUGGCUCCUUUCUGGGAAUUAUCGGCGCUCAUUUGAUAGAGAACAAGAGGCAGAUGUUGGUGGCAUCUAUCGUCUUCAUCAGUUUCGGAGUGGUGGCUGCCUUCUGCUGUGCUAUUGUGGAUGGAGUGUUUGCUGCGAGGCACAUUGACCUCAGGCCUCUGUAUGCUGGGCGCUGUGAGUAUCACUCCAGUGAGACUUCAUCUGAACGUGAUGUGCCCUGUCAGACAUCGCGCACAUCCUGUAACUUGCGUGUGAAGGGCAACACCUGUUACUGUUGCGACCUCUACAACUGCGGGAAAGAACAUCCUCUUAUGGGACUUCAGAAUAAAGAUGUUUUGAAAAAGUUUAGGAAAUCAUCCAUGAUUUGGAAGGCCAGCCGUGUAGAGGUGAUUGGAGGCUACCAUGAAUACACAGAUGUGAAGAGCUGCCAGGACGUGGUGCACCUCUAUCACCUGCUGUGGUCCGCUACCAUCCUCAACAUCGUGGCCCUCUUUCUGGGCAUCAUUACUGCUGCAGUGCUGGGAGGCUUUAAAGACAUGACUCCCUCUGCUGCUAUAGAGAGUACAUCUGAACCAGAGGCCAUCACAGCUCCAGUCCCCUCACAGCCUCCUCCGCCCAACACCUCCCUCAACUCGUAUUACAACACUGCCCCCUGCCUGCCGCCUUACACUGCCUACGAUCUGCAGGGCUCCUACUUGUUCCCCGACUCCUCAGGCCUGUCAGAUGACUCCCAGUCUGGAGCCAGCCACUUGUGGCCCACCAUGGUCCCUCCACGCUACUCUCCUCCUCACAACCAUCCCGAUGAGAAGCCCCCACCGUACAGCCCGUAAGAUGGCCUCGAGCUAAGAAGGCAUCUGAGACGUCAUCGGUUGUCAUUGGAUGCUGAAUGAAUGGUUUGAAUGCACAACUCCUCUGAUCUUUUCCUCACUAUCUUUGAGAACUGUGUCGAAGGAAAGGUGGUGAGGAAGAGGAGGAUGGGCACGGAGCACACUAACUUUGAGUUCAGCCCAACACGAGGAGUGUUUGUCUCCCUGGGCACCACUCACACUCAUGCCUGCACUGUGUGUGUGUGCACAUAUACACAUCUAGAGAGAGACAACCGGUCCAAAGCCAGGACUGUUUACACAUCUAUCUGCCUUAAUGCAAACGGACUUCCAGCGCAGCAGCUCUCUGUCAUCUGGACCUAUCCUGUACAGGGUCAGAAACUCUCCUCCAGCUCAUGCUUUAUGUUCACCUCUCUUUAGUACACACUGUAAAUGCUUCCUGCCUUGAGAGGCACAGGUGUCACUCACUGUCCUCGCUGUCUGCACUGUGAGGAUCUGGUCUGAGGAGCACAGCUUCAGCCCUCACGUGAAAUCUAACCUGUUACAUGAAAGCUUUGGUGUCUUCCCCUCAAUAAGCUAGAGAAUUACAACCUAGUCGUAGGCCCAAGCUUUCUUUAGCAAUGAAUUAGGCAAAGUCAGCAGUAAUGGAGGUAUUACAUGCUCAUAAUGUAUGUACAGCAGUAUGAUAUACAGAAGCUCUUUUAGCAGUUAAGCUGAAGAUAUACAAACAGAUCAUGGUAUCUUAGUAGUUAGUAAUAACUUAUUAAGAAAGGACGGUUAACAGUUACACUCCAAACCCUAUUUAUUGUAUUUUCACUCAAAGCAGCAAAGCAGGUAAGCAUAUAUCGUCUCUCUCUGUAAGUAGUCGCAAUAUCACAUCUAUAAGUUUAAAUGUCUUUGUCAGGAAUACACAUCAGUGAAACUGAGUGUUAAGUCGGUGCUGGAUUCACUGACACGACAUUGGAAAUCAUGUUAAGUGAAAGAACUGUUGUUCACUGAGGAAGAGGAGUAAACUUAGUCCAUGUCUGUGAGACGGGUCUGUGUCAGCUUUAAUCACUGCUUUUUAUAAUUUAAACACAUUCUCAGGGGCUGAUUGUCAGUUCCUUUUUGUCUUGUCAUUAAAAAUGUUUUGUGUAAUUCAAA